GUGGCAAGAGGACACAAGCUUAUGAAAAUGGUGUGAACAUCCCUCCCAUCUGCUUGCUCCCCUCCCUCACUGACUUCCCCUUUGCUGGAUGCCACCGUCCGCUUAAACAGCCACCUGUUAGUUAGUUAGUUAGUUGACACCCUGAUCAGCUGGACUCCUUGCUUUGGCUUCAUUGGGAUCAUCCUAACAAGGCCGGAUGAGCACGAGGAGGACCAAGAAGAAGCUGAGCAUCUCCAUCCGAGAGCACAUGGCCAUUGACGUGUGUCCGGGCCCCAUCCGCCCCAUUCGCCAGAUCUCGGACUACUUUCCCCGCCGCUCGCCCACCUCCCCUAGGUCAUCGUCAGGUCUCGGCCCCUCCGAGACGGCGUGCGGCCUGAAGAGGGACGGGGAUGCAAGCACAUCAGUGGACACCGUCGGCUCGGACAGCGACGACUGCACGGAAUUGGGAACUCUGGAGUUUGAGCUGAGGUACGAGCAGGCGACCAGUCAGCUGCAUUGCACCGUGAUUAGAGCCAAGGGCCUGAAGCCGAUGGACUUUAACGGCUUGGCUGAUCCCUACGUCAAAGUUCAUCUGUUGCCCGGCGCCUCCAAGGCCAACAAGCUGAAGACAAAGACCAUCCGCAACUCUCUGAAUCCCGUGUGGAAUGAGACACUGACCUACGUAGGAAUCACGCAGCAAGACAUGAACAGGAAGACACUCAGGCUGACUGUGUGUGACGAAGACAAGCUGACUCACAACGAGUUGAUUGGCGAGUCGCGGGUUUCUCUCAAAAGAAUCCAAGGAGACCACACCAAACAUUUCCAUACGUGCUUAGAACAUCCUCCGCCGCUGCCGUCUCCCAGCACCAUGGGUGAAGCUCUGCGAGGGAUCUCCUGCUACUUGCGAGAGUGGGAGAAUGAGCAGCUGCACAGUCUGGAGGAACGAGGUCGUCUUCUCCUCUCGCUGCAGUUCUUGCCUCAGCCUUGCGGUGGCGAUGACGAGCCGGACGAGGACGGCAGCGGGGGUCUCUGUGUGGGCGUGAAGCGCUGUGCUCACCUGGCAGCCAUGGACGUCAAUGGCUUCUCCGACCCCUACGUCAAAAUAUACCUGAAGCCUGACAUCCACAAGAAGUCCAAACAUAAAACUGCUGUGAUAAAAAAGACCCUCAACCCAGAAUUUAAUGAGGAGUUCUUUUACGAGAUGUCAUUGUCGGAGCUGGCCAACAAGACCCUGGAGGUGACGGUGUGGGACUACGACUUGGGACGUUCCAACGACUUCAUUGGCGGGGUGUGUCUGGGCGCUCACGCGCUGGGCGACGCCCUUCGCCACUGGACAGACUGCCUGAAUAACAAAGGCCAGCAGGUAGAGCGCUGGCACAUCCUGACCAAUCAGCUGCCCAAAAGCGCCAACCACGACUAAAGUUGCCAUGAUGGUGGCAACGCGUCGCCUGACCGUCACAUCAACAAAAAGCAACAAACGGAAACUGAAGUGGACCAUUGCAAACAAAGACUCCAGAACGCUUUGUUUUUGUAUUUCAUGUCACAUAGGACUGAUUUCCACACUUUCCAGUU